AUGUCUCGAUCACGAAUGCCCCUCGUUCUCGGCCUCGGUGCCGCCGGUGGUAUCGGCUACUAUCUCUACAGCGCGGGCGGCAACGCCAAAGCAGCAGAGGCCAAGUUUGAGAGCGACGCCGACAGAGUAGCUGCCAAGAUCAAGGGCAAGCUCCCCGGCAACUCCCCCAAUGCCGAAAAGGAGUUCAAGAAAUACGGCGAGGAAGCUGGCGCCAAGCUCGACAAGGCUUGGGCCGAGGCCGACCGAGAAGCCGGCAAGCUCAAGAGCAACGCAGAAUCCUACGCCAAGGACGCCAAGAGCGAAACCCUGAAAGCCAUUGACAAGUUUGACCGCAAGGUCGAGGACGGUGCCGCAAAGGCCAAGAGCGGCGUCUCCGGCUGGUUUGGAGGAAGCAGCAAAUAA